GUAUUUUAAAAAUGCAAAUAUCCAUUUAUCAAUCCAACAAAAGGCUCUGCCUUUUUAGCCUCCCAGUCAAUAACUUGGAAGGCUUACAAGUUUAAAGUUCUAAAAUACUUGAAAUUAUGUUCGGUAAAGUUUCAAUCGUUUUUACGACAAUAUUAAUUCAGAUAAAUUUACUUCAUUGCUGGUCAAUUAAUUUUUAUUUGAAUGACGACAAUGGUCUUCGUGAAAACCAAAAUGAGAGAUUUAAUUUAAUUUUUCCAGGAACAAAGUGGUGCGGAAGCGGAAGCAUUGCGGAAAACUACAAUGACCUGGGUUACUUCAGAGAAACGGAUGCUUGCUGUCGAAUGCACGACCACUGCGACGAAACGAUCGAAGCUAUGCAAACCAGACAUGGUCUCACUAAUCCCUCUUACUAUACGAGGGUACACUGUUCUUGUGAUGAAAAAUUUUACGACUGUCUUCAUGGGACUGAAGAGAAUAUCUCACAGAAAGUUGGAACUGUUUACUUCAGUGUUCUUAAUACCCAAUGUUUUCGAAAUGAUUUUCCGAUAAUAUCUUGUAAAAAAUAUAUCAUGUAUCCAAAACGGUGCAUAGAGUACGAUCUGGAUAGGAGCCAAGAUAAAAUAUACCAGUGGUUCGACGUGCCUCUUUACUGAUAAUCAUUCAACUGGAAUCAAGAGUAGCGAUGAGGA